GUGCUCAUCAUCCUCCUUUUGCUUUCCGUUAUACUAAGGGGAAUUUGGACGCACCAAACUAUCAUGCCAAGAUGGAACGGAAGCGCUGCUCGACUCGUCAGCUAUAUAAGCCAUGAAAUGUACUGUUCUGCUGGCGCAAGUUCAGUGCCUUGUCGGCAGAGUUGAUGAGAGUGGCAGCCUGUUGAUCAUCAGGAACUAGAAGGACUAGAGAGGGAAAGAAAUUAAGUAGAAAGAUGAGCUCCAGGAGAGUUAAUAGAGCUUCGGUUUUCGUUAUACUGCUCAUCGUAGCGUCGGCGCUUUCAGUUUUUACUGCAGGAGGAAGGGAGCUGGUAGCGCAAGAAACGAAUCAAAAGAAAUAUUCUAGUGCUGCACUCGGAGAGGGAGCGACAUCGUCAGGCGAAGUACAUCCAAGGAACCUUAUGGUUAAGACAAACGACUACGGGCGCUAUGACCCAUCUCCAGCCUUCUCCAAGCCUCGCUUCAAGAUUAUUCCGAACUGAUGAUUAGACCUGAACCUGACUUCCCCUUUGUUACGGUGUUCAACCACCGCUCAACUAAUUAACACAGUACCCGUUAGAUGAAGAGUAAUGCUAUAUGUGUUUGUCUAAAGUGUACGUACUACAAUAUUGAUAUUAGAAAAUAGGUUAGUACUAGAGGUGGUCAAAAACAUGGUAUUGGUGCUUCGGCACCGUCGCUUCUGGUACGAUAAACAUUGUAUAAAUAUCGAAAGAAGUAUAUAUAUUAUCGCGGGCUCAGUGUGGCAUACUUACUAA